AUGGUUGGUCGUUCAACAUUACGUAAUCGUCACCACGCUAAUAGAUCUUUUGCUUCUGCUACGUCAUCUACGCCUAAUACUCUUGCACGCGUCGAUGCUAGAAAAAGAAAUGAAGUAUAUGGUAGAGCCCAAAUUCAUCCAAUUUGGCCAGAAAUGCCUCAAGGACAAGGUGAAUUAUUCUUUGAAUGUACGCUAUUCCUUUAUUCCGUAUUAGCACUCUUCUUACAAUAUCUCAAUUUGUACAAGACAAUGUGGUGGUUACCAAAAUCAUAUUGGCAUUAUUCAUUGAAAUUUCAUUUAAUUAAUCCAUAUCUGCUAUCAUGUGUUGGUCUUUUACUUGGUGUACGAGUGACAAAAUGCUUUUGGAAAACGAUAACCGAAUUAGCAUCAAAUGCUCGACAAGAUGCAUCAAAAACUCAGUGUUUGUUAUGGGAUAUCAUUGAGUGGGCGGCUGUUAAAACACCAAUGUUUACAAUGGUUGCUACAUCAUUUUUAUUCAGUUUUUCACGUGUUUAUUUUGAUUUCCCCUUCAAAUCAUUGCUGUACUUUGGACAUCCGAUUCUUUUCUUCGUUUAUUUAUUCCAUGAUACCAUAUCAUAUAAAAUACGUUGUUGUGUUACAAAGUUAUGGUUUAUUCUUAAUGGACAGUCAUUAUCAGAAAUAUCGAAAGUAAAUGCUACCUAUCGUAAUAUUAUGCCUCCACCAGUGCUUAUUGAUGUUGAUAGUGUUGUGCAUAUGUGUAGCACUAAUCCAUUACAAAUACGUGAAGAAGUUUCUGUUUUGAUGAAAGAUUUUGGUCUACGGAUCAAACAUUGCUUCUUUUCUGGCUUAACAACGGCAUAUCUUUCAAUUUUUAUUCCAUGUGUAUUUACACCUCAACGAUCACCAUCUGGUUUACCACAACUAAUGUAUAUUGAUAUUUUUUGGAUUAUGGAAUUAUUUUGUGUUGUAUUUUUAACAUCUUUUUCACUUUAUGCAACCUAUUUACUACCAUUACAAUACUGCGAUUUAAUACAUCGUUGUGCAGCACAUCUUGGAAAAUGGGAACGAUUAGAUCGAUUAACGAUAGCUACAAUUAAUAGUAAUAGUAAUUGUUACUAUAAUAGUAAUAAUAUUAAUGGAAUUAAUUGUAGCAGUAGUAAUAGUAGUAGCAAUAGUAGUAGUAGUAGUGGUGUUAUUGGUGGUGGCGAUGGUAGUUUGACAUCAACAACGAUUUCUACCACAACAAAUGCUGCAUCUGCAGAUUGGUCUGAGAAUGAUGAUCUUUAUGCACAUGGUUCUAUUGUUCGUCAUCAUGGACAGCUUUACAAAGCUGUUUCUAAAAUUGGUACAUUAGGUGUAGCUGCUGAACCUGGAGAUUCGGAUCAUUCUCGCUUUUAUCGAAUUGGUGGCGAUCCGAUUACUUUGACUAGUACAAUGGUAAUUUUUCAAGUUAUUCUAAUUGGUAUCCAAUUUUGGAUGCUGAUACUGACAACAGAUUGGCAACAUAUUGUUACUCUCGUACUACUUAUAUUUGCAAAUUAUCUCUUACUAGCAAAGACAUUUAAAGAUCGUGUAAUUAUUGGAAGAAUUUAUAAGCCUUCGCCUGAAGAUCUACAAUUAAUUAAGCAGAUGCAACAGUAUGAAUAA